AUGUUUAUUUGAUUCCAAUCACUUGCGGAGUUUGAUGAAGAGAAGCGAAGCUGCAGAAAACGCCUUGAUGGUCACAAUCGGCGUAGGAGGAAACCUCAACCAGAAGCCCUCUAUAUGAGUUCUUGGAGCUUUUUAUCUGACCCCCAAGGGACAAGAUUUUUGCAUUUUGGUGAUUCACAAGCAUAUGCUUCAAACCCAGCAGCAGGAUCUGGUGCAACAUGGUCCAGGUUUGCUAAGAAUCAGCAAGACAUGCGUGUCGCCAAUGAGCAGUUUAGAAUCCCAUCGUGCACCUACAAUGGAGGAGACAAGCAAUUCCCGUUCUUGCUGGUUGACGACUCUGACAGAAGCAAUCAGGCAGUACUUAAUGUUCCGAUCUGCCAGCGACAUGUUAGCCUUGACACCUCCCCUGAAAGGGGUAGGACCCAAAAAAUGUUAUCUGAUGGAUUAGAACCAGUUGACUCCAAGUGUGCUCUCUCUCUUCUGUCAUCCCAUCCGAUGCAGAGUUCGGAAACUAGUUUCAGCUUGUUGCCGAGGGAUGUGAUCUAUCCCAAUCAACUCAUAGGUACUGCCUUGCAUUUUGAUGGUCUAUCUCAGUACCCACGCUCGCAGGGGGUGGAGGAGAAGCCUGCAGAGUUGCCUCCACAUGUCAGCAGUCUUAGCAGUGGGAUAUUUCAAGUAGCUCCUGAUGAUUUGUUGGAAAAAGGAGCUUCUCAAGUGCUUCCAUUUUCGUGGAAGUAA